CUCUCAACGAAAUUUGGAAUAGUUUUUUAAUAUUUAUUUUUAAAGAACAAUCAUUUUGUACUUUUGACAAAAAGCAAGAUGCACAACUAAUUUCUUAUUUAAAGAGAAAGCUUUGUUGACUUGAAGGGAUUUAAAAUGUUCAUCUCCUCUCAUCUGUGAAACCAAGCUUUCGUGGAGCAUUUUUUUUUUCUGGACGUAUCAUCACGGAACGUUCCGAUUGAUCCGAAAAUGAAUACAGCAAAGGGGAACGUAUUAUUUUGCGUGACGUUGUUGAAACUUCUUUUGUUGGCGACCUUGACGUGGUAUGUUUCAGGUAAGACGUUAAAAUACAAAGUUUACGAAGAGCAAAAAGUAGGGACUGUGAUAGCAAGGCUUAAGGAAGAUGUCGCAGAUGUUUUAUCCAAACUCCCAAGUUCCAUUCCGUUACGUUUCCGAGCUAUGCAAAGAGGGAGCACUCCUUUUCUCUCUGUUCGAGAGGAGGACGGGGAGAUCAGUAUAGGCACGAAGAUUGACCGGGAAAAGCUCUGUGAAAAAAACCUGAACUGUUCUAUCGAAUUUGACGUGAUUACCCUUCCAACGGAACACUUACAGUUAUUCCAUGUUGAAGUGGAAGUGUUGGACAUUAACGACAAUUCGCCGCAGUUCUCCCGUGCCAUCAUCCCUAUUGAGAUAUCCGAAAGUGCUGCCGUGGGGACCAGAAUCCCCUUAGACAGCGCUACGGACCCAGACGUGGGAGAAAACUCCCUCCACACCUAUUCUUUAACCACAAACAACUUUUUUAAAAUCGACGUAAGAACGAGGACCGACGGUGCCAAAUAUGCGGAGCUUGUAGUGGUUAGAGAAUUGGACAGAGAGAUGCAAUCCAGUUAUGAGCUUCAACUAGUGGCCUCGGACACAGGCGUGCCUGCUAAGUCCGGUUCAACGCUUCUUAGAGUGAGCAUUUCAGACUCGAACGACAACAGCCCCGUUUUUGAACAGCAAUCAUAUGUAAUCAAUCUUCUGGAGAACUCGCCUUUGGGAUCUCUGCUUAUAGAUCUGAAUGCGACUGACCCCGAUGAAGGGACCAACGGUAAAAUUGUAUAUUCUUUCAGCAGUCACGUGUCUCCCAAAAUAACGGAAACGUUUAAAAUAAACUCAGAAACGGGUCACCUAACACUCAUAAAGAGAGUGGAUUUCGAGAGCACAGCCUCCUAUGAAAUCGACGUCCAGGCUCAAGACCUUGGACCCAAUUCAAUUCCAGCACACUGUAAAAUUAUUAUCAAAGUGGUGGACGUUAACGAUAAUAAGCCUGAAAUUAGCAUUAAUUUAAUGACACCUGGGAAAGAGGAGGUGGCCUAUAUAUCCGAGGCUGCGCCCAUUGACACUUUCAUUGCUCUGGUGAGAGUAGAGGACAUGGACUCGGGUUUAAAUGGAGAGGUUGUCUGCAGGCUCCACGGCCAUGGACACUUCAAGCUUCAAAAGACCUAUGAAAAGAACUACAUGAUUUUAACCAACGUUUCCUUAGAUAGAGAGAGGAGGUCUGAGUACAGCCUCACAGUAAUAGCAGAGGACAGAGGCCUGCCAAGUCUCUCCACCAUCAAGCAUUUCACCGUCCAGGUGCUGGAUGAGAAUGACAAUCCACCCCGCUUUGAGAAGAGCAGGUACGAAAUCUUUAAAUCCGAGAACAACUCCCCCGGGGCCUAUCUCACGUCGGUGGUGGCCACCGACCCCGAUCUGGACACGAACGGACAGGUCACCUACGCUAUUUUGGAGAGCUUCAUUCAGGGGAGCGCCAUCUCGACCUACGUCACCAUCGACCCCUCCAGCGGGGCCAUCUAUGCACUCAGGAGCUUCGACCACGAGGACGUGAGCCGCAUCGCCUUCGUGGUGCAAGCCCGGGACGGAGGUGGCACGCAGCUGGCCAGCAAUGCCACGGUGCUUCUCACCGUCCUGGACGAGAAUGACAAUGCACCGGCGAUUGUGGUGCCGCAGCUGCGCAACCACACGGCCGAGGUGCCCGUCUCCAAGUAUGCCGAGGCGGGGCAGCUGGUGACCGUCGUCCGGGCGACCGACCGAGACUCCGGCGUCAACGCCGAGCUGACGUGCUCCAUCGUCGCGGGCAACGAGGAGGGCUACUUCACCAUGGACCCGAAGAAGUGCGAGGUCCACACCAACGUCAGCAUGGAGGACGUUCCCCAGGAACACUUCGAGCUCGUGGUUCUGGUCCAGGACAAGGGUAGCACCAGGCUGAGCACUCGGGCGGUUCUGAAGUGCACCGUGUACGAGAACAUGGACAGCCACGUCCAGCCCAUGCCCACCAACAGCAGCCAGCCCUCCCUGGAUGUCUCCAUGAUCAUCAUCAUAUCCCUGGGGGCCGUCUGCGCUGUCCUCCUGGUCAUCAUGGUGAUGUUCGCCACGCGGUGCAACCGGGAGAAGAAGGACACGCGCUCCUACAACUGCCGGGUGGCCGAGUCCACCUACCAGAACCACCCCAAGAAGCCCUCCCGGCAGAUCCACAAGGGCGACAUCACGCUGGUGCCCACGGUGAACGGCACGCUGCCCAUCAGGUCGCACCACCGGUCGCCGUCGGCCUCGCCCGCCAUGGACCGGGGGCAGAUGGGCAGCCGGCAGAGCCACCACAGCCGCCAGUCGCUGAACAGCCUGGUCACCAUCUCGUCCAAUCACAUCCCGGAAAACUUCUCCCUGGAGCUCGCCCACGCCACCCCGCCAGUAGAGCAAGUUUCACAGCUUCUGUCAAUGCUCCAUCAGGGCCAGUACCAGCCAAGACCAAGUUUCCGCGGGAAUAAAUACUCAAGGAGCUACAGAUAUGCCCUACAAGAUAUGGAUAAGUUCAGCCUGAAGGACAGCGGCCGGGGGGACAGCGAGGCCGGGGACAGCGACUACGACCUGGGGAGAGAGUCGCCCAUUGACAGAGUGCUGGGUGAGGGCUUUAGCGAGAUUUUCCUCACUGACGGGCAGCACAGACUUCACCCAGCGAUGAAACUCUGUACGGAGGAGUGUCGGGUCCUCGGGCACUCGGACCAGUGUUGGAUGCCCCCCCUCGCGUCCCCGGCUUCUACGGACUACCGGAGCAACAUGUUCAUCCCCGGCGAGGACCCCCAGCAGGUGUCGGUGGAGGAGGACCGGCAGUCGGUGGACUCUAACGACCGCAAGAAGAGCUUCUCCACCUUCGGCAAGGAAUCCGGGGCCGAGGACGCGGAGGGCGCCUCCCUCCUGUCGGAAAUGAGCAGCGUCUUCCAGCGCCUCCUCCCGCCCUCGCUGGACUCCUACGCCGAGGUCAACGAGGCGGAGCGGGCGGGCUCGCUCGAGCGGCGCAAGGGGCACCUGCCCGGCAAGCCGUCGGCCUACCCGCCGGGCGUGGCGGCAUGGGCGGCCAACACUCACUUCCAGAACCCGGGGAGCAGCAUCGGGCCCAGCCCGGCCAAUCACGCGGGCGCCCCGCCCCCCUCCAAGUGGCUGCCGGCCAUGGAGGAGAUCCCUGAGAACUACGAGGAGGACGAGCUGGACAACGUCCUCAGCCACCUGCAGGGCGGACGCAGCGACAGCAGACAUGAGAUCAUGGACGCCAGCGAGCUGGUGGCCGAGAUCAACAAACUCCUGCAAGACGUCCGGCAGAGCUAGACGUCCCGGGAGACUGAGCCAUCUCCCAAAACCGCUUUCCUUUCUUUUUCUCCAUAUUUACGGGAGUCCAGGAAAUCUGAGAGACCUGC